AUGUGCUCAUCAAGGAAUAGUGAGUGCGGCGGGGAGCCGCUGCUACCCCCCCCCUCCCUCCCAACCUCGGCCCCUCUUCGUCCCUCCGGUCACCUCCGGGCCUGGCGCGGGCGGCCGCGGGUGGGCGGCCCGGGCUGGCCCCCGCAGUGCGGCCGCGGGAGGGAAGGGAAGGAAGGGAGGAGGGAAGGGGAGCGCUGUGAGGGCCGCGGCGCCGGUGGGGGCGGCAGUGAAGGUCACGGCGGGGCGGGGGCCGCGGCUGCCGGCGGGCCCGGGUCCGCUCGGCCCCUCGGCGGCUCCGCGGGGCCCCCCCCCCCCCCGGAGCCCUUGGCCCCGCACCGGCGGUGGGCUGUGGGUUGUUCCCGGUGCCCCGGUGCCGAGGGCCUCGCACCGGUGGAGUGUCAGCCCCGGUGGUUUCCGUGGGGGCUGUGGAGUCCCCAACGAGAAGCUCCUGGAAUAAGCCGCGUUAUCCUGCCUGUGUCUGUGGAGGAGUAUCAAGUGGGGCAGCUGUAUUCUGUGGCAGAAGCCAGUAAAAAUGAAACUGGAGGAGGUGAAGGAGUGGAGGUCCUGGUGAACGAGCCCUACGAAAGAGAUGGAGAGCGUGGGCAGUACACACACAAGAUCUACCACUUACAGAGCAAGGUGCCAACAUUUGUGAGAAUGCUGGCCCCUGAAGGAGCUCUGAAUAUACAUGAAAAAGCAUGGAAUGCCUACCCCUACUGCAGAACUGUUAUUACAAAUGAGUAUAUGAAGGAUGACUUCCUGAUCAAAAUUGAAACCUGGCAUAAAUCAGAUCUUGGAACACAAGAGAAUGUCCAUAAACUGGAGCCAGAGGUAUGGAAGAGUGUAGAAGCCAUUUAUAUAGACAUUGCUGAUCGGAGUCAAGUACUUCCCAAGGAUUACAAGGCAGAAGAAGAUCCAGCAAAAUUUAAGUCUGUCAAGACUGGACGUGGACCUCUGGGUCCCAACUGGAAGAAAGAUCUGGGGAAACAGUCAGAUUGUCCAUACAUGUGUGCUUACAAGCUGGUAACAGUCAAGUUCAAGUGGUGGGGCCUGCAAAAUAAAGUUGAGAACUUUAUACAGAAGCAAGAAAAGCGUCUCUUCACAAACUUCCAUCGGCAGCUCUUUUGCUGGCUCGAUAAGUGGGUUGAUCUGACUAUGGAGGACAUUCGUAGGAUGGAGGAGGAGACCAAGAGACAGCUGGAUGAGAUGAGAGAAAAAGAUCCAGUGAAAGGAAUGUCGGCUGCAGAUGACUAAUAUGACUCCUUCCUUGUGCACUUUUCAAGACAGUCAUCAGGAAGGCCCAGGGAAUCCACACUCUUGACUGACGGACCAUCUCUGGAUCAAGCCUUUCUCUAUCCAAUCGGCAGGCGAUUUUAAACCUCCCAUAGCUAAUUCUAGAUGCCCCUUAAUAUUGUGAGCAAAUAGACCGUCUGGUACUAAGCACUCCAGUGUUAGCACGUGUAUCCCAAGGAGGCAGCUCCUCGGAGACGUGUGACUUAGAGAUCGCUGUAUUUACAACUCCUCCCUCCUCUUUUUUUCAUUGUGUUCAGACCAACUUCCAUGUGGCCCUGUUUGAUUUCCAAGUGACAUUUUUAGCUAAAAUAGUCUUGUGAUGUGGUGACUUAGAUUUUUUCUUUUUCUUUUUUUUUUUUUUAAUUUUUUUUCCCAUGUGGGAUAAACUGCCACCUUUGUUUCUGCCCAGCCCUUCACCGUUCUUUGAAUGUCUGUUUGGAGAGGGAAACUUGUCAGUAUUUUAGAGUGCAAAAUGAUUCCACAAAAUGCUCUGCUUUGGCUCUUGCUCCCAGGGGGAGAUAUUUAAUGAUGGGUAAUCUGAAUACAUAAUGAGUAGCAGCCAGAGAGAGUUCUUGGUCUGUGAUGAGUUGUGAUCCAUGGCUCCUGCCUGGCAUUACUUUGUUCUGUCUUAGCAUCCAUGGAUUAAAGACUGCCCAGGAGCUGUGAUCAGCAUCCCCGUGCUGGGACCUUCAGCACUUCCCUGUUGAGUUUCAACUUAGGGGUCCAUGGUCCCUUUGGCCCAUGUAGCUCUGUUGUCCUCCAGCUGUGUGUCAGUCUUACAAAAUCCUUCUUGACAUAUGUUGCAACUUCCUGGUUCUUUGUUUACCAAGAUUUCCCAUAACUUACAAAGCUGAAGUGACUGACUAAUAAUAAUGUGAUUCUCCCUGGACCAAUUGGGAUGUUGCAAAGGCUGGUGUACAAGUAAAGUCUUGGUGUCUGGCUACAUCCAGAUGCCUGGGGUGGUGGUUCUGCUCAGCAAUAAUAUUCUUCCCAUUGCAAGACUGACUAAAAUAUCUGCUUUUGUGCUAUAAAAAAAUAACUUACAAAAACCUGCAGUUAUUUUCUAGGAUAUUUGUUGGUGAUUAUAAAUCACAAAGGAUACUGUUAAUGUAAAGAGCUCUGUUUAUUUAAUGAACUCAAGUACUUACUGUAACUAUCCUUAUGUUGAUAACAGCUUUAGACAAUCAACUAAGCAGAACAAAGAAAUGCUGCUUUCUUAAAUAUGAGAAAUAUGAGGAAAAAAUCCUACUUCUUUGCUAAUGCCCUAAGGCACAAUAUUUGAUUUUUCUUUUUUUUCCCCCUAGUAGUAAUAACUUUAUUUUCCACUUCUGUAUUUGGCAGCACUAACAUGAAAUACUGAAAUGCCAAACAGUCGUGGGUGCACCACCACUUUUGAGGAGUCUUUUUAGCAUUCUGUAAUGCACCAACUCCUCCAGCCCUUCCUGCUCCUGCAAGCAGGAGAUCCUGAAAUGAUCCCAUGCCAUGCUGAGCAAGGGCUGGGAUCAGAACUGUUUGCAGAGUGAGGGAAGAUAGGAAUGCUCUGGAGGGAGAGGAUGGCAUUUGGUUUCUGGGAAGGGGGCAGUUUAUCCCUUUAUUUUUAGUUUGUUAUUUUGCCUUACUCAUGUCUAAGUGCAAUAAGCUCUGAAUUGUACCAGUAACUCUGGCAGGCUCUUCUCAGUGACCUCAGACGGUUCUGUGGGGUUGGGGUGGGGUUUGAGGGGUUUUUAGCAAUCUCACCAGGCAGAAGUAAAACAAAUUUAUUGUAAAAUAGGUAAAGAAAUUAAAUUUUAAUCUGUGAGGCUAUUUGGGACCAGGAUGUUUCAUGGCAUGUUCUGUAGCUGUUCCAGAAGUUUUUUUAGGAGUGUAGGCCCCAGUUAGAGUUCUUUCAGUUUGAAGUAUUUUUAACUGAGAAUUUAUGCACUGACUUCUGUUCGUGUUUGUUGGUUACGUUUUGAGGGAUUCUUACACUUGAGGGCAACCUGAGAAUACACACAGCACACUUGUUCUUUCAGUUUGUGUUAUCCAAGAGGCUUUCCAUCUGAUGACACUAAUCGCCGUGGAAGCAGAUUGUAACAUUCCACCGUGCAAUCCUUUUUUGAUCCUCUGAUUUCAGAGUAAGAGCUUUUACACAAAGCUUUCCUGAUUAGUGGAAAAACUUGGAGGCGGGGGGAGGAAAACUGCAGGAACUUCAGCCUGAAUACCCCCCCCCCCCGCCUCCCUUGCCCUGUGUUUUCUUUCCUUCCAAUUUGAUCCGAAGUGGAAGCAUCCCUCAGCCUUGGGAUAGACAAAUCCUGUAAAGACCCUUCAGUCUCGAUGCUUGGUUCCUGCUAGUGAGCAUAGCGAAGAUCACGCAGCGUUCCCGUGCCGUAUCUCUCAUCAGCUUUGGCAAGAACCCCUCGACCUGUCGGCUCCCAGCGGGAUUGGCCCUGGGACAUUGGCCCAUCCAGGGGCGAUGGAUGUGCCAGGACUGUUGCUCCCAUCUGCUGUUGGUCCAUCCAAGGUGGAUGUAUAUGCUGGGACCCUUGCUCCAUCCUCCACUGGUCUGUCCAGGGGUGAUGGAUGCACUGGGACCUUCACUCCCAUCCAGAGUGGGUUUGGGGGUCUAGAGGCAGGUCCCUCACCCCAGCCUGGGUUAGACUGGUUUGCUGGUGGGGCUGCUCGCCCCCCACAUCCCACACCCCUCUGGGUUCAUCCCGCUGGGCCUCCCGCCACGUCCCGAUGGGUUCAUCGUGCUCUUUUCCUUUGGCAACACACUUUGUAGAAAGGGUUAGAUUAUCUCGUCGUUUCUUUAAAUGUGAGUUUGUGCCUUUUUUGUCUCCUAAAUCUUCCAAUACAGGCAUAUUGGAAACGAAAUCUAAUAAAAUACUAGACAGAG